CACAGUGAGGCCUAGCGAAUAGCAUGUAAUGUGGAUAUAUGACCGUUUAAGUGUUCGAACAAAGAAAGGUGUGUUUCCGAACUGUGCGUUUCCUCGAAAGGCCUUUAUUUGCCGUGGUUGUUGGUCAUUAACAGGGACAGCAGGCGAAAUUCGUGAUACAUGUUACUGCCUGUGUAUCACUCCUACCUUGUUCCGUCGUUUGCGCGUUAUAACAAUGCAACAAUGUAGGAAAGCGUCGUAAACUGUUAGUGUUUUCAUCAAGGCACACUGGUAUAUGUAAGAAGAAAAAAUAAAUUUUGGGUCGCAGGUCCACUUGGGGCGAGCGAAGACGACGACGAUUUAGGGCAUCUACUGAUUGCGGAACAAGAUUUGUUUCGUGAGCAUCUGCCUCACUUGGGCACCACGACUUGCUUCUGCAACAAUGUCCUCGCUGAACCUGCUGAGUCUGGAUGAUUCCCCGUAGUCAUGGUCAGCACACUGUAGAAGGGCACAGAUGUUGUCCUCUGCAGGAACUUCUGCAGUGGGAGUCUCCUCACCUGCACUUUCCUCCCUUCGCGGCUUGCCCUGGUGACCGAGUGUCUCUAUGCCUUCCACUGUAGGCGCAACAUUCGCAGAGCUUGGGGCCUGAACUUCAGCGUGUAUCAGAAGCUUCCUGUAGGCAUGACGGAAUUGGGAAGCUGAUGGGUUAUUAUUCCAUCCUCCUCUUUGCCUGAUGCAGCUGAAGAACAGUUCCAAGUGGUCCUGGCUGAGGCGACCUCUACAUGUUACCUGCAUGCGCCCGCCUGGAACAGCGCUUCUGCCAGCUGUGCGACACUUUUUAGCGUAAAGGCCACGCUGAUGACUGACAUGCGUCUCCCAUGCUGAGCAGCUAGCUCCCCGGAUGGAAGUCGCAGUGUCAUCAUUCUUGACGACAAUGAGCCGUGCGUGGGUCAGGGCUUUGCUCACGGAUGAACUUCGAGUCUGCGCUGCAAGGCGGACCUUCAUGAUCUGGCGGCCAAACUCAAUAUGGGAUCUGGGUCAGUUGCAGCCGUCGACGGACACCACGCAGGUACUGGUUCUUCUCUCGAAGUUGUCUCAUUCCUGUUCUUGGCGUUGUUUUGCUGUGGCAGUGGAACAGCUGGAGAAGGGACGGCGGGCUCUGCUUGCUCAGCACUGGCUUCAAGCAUUUCCUGGAAAACAUGCAGUGAAGGCAGUCAUACAGGGGGGUGGCUGCACAAACUACUAUGUACUUACCAGGGAAACUGUGUCAGCACCACUUUCAUCUCUUUCAUCUGGCUGGCUGGCUGUUACUUGGCUCUAAAAAAGUUCUUCCAUUAUUAUCUCCUUUUGUAUCAUUUUAAAAGUAAUAAAGAAUAACCGGAUACCUCA